GACCUCACUUCCGGCGGACUCCUCGUGCGUUUCCUUACUCGUCCGCUGUUCUGGUUGAGAAGGCCAAAUAGCGACUUUCCGUGCACAUAUCUUGAGAUGUCUGCAGCAUUACGUGUGCUCUACUCUGCAUCCAGGCCAGGUUCAUUUUUGGCCAGUCAAAAUCUUGCACGUCCUCUCAGCCUAUCAGCACACAGGGCCGGGAUUAAGUAUGUCAAUAAUCAGGAAGAUGCCACAGAUAUGAAAUCUAUCACGGACCGUGCAGCUCAAACACUUUUUUGGACAGAGUUGUUUAGAGGGUUGGGAAUGACCAUGAGCUAUCUUUUCCGUGAGCCUGCUACCAUCAACUACCCGUUCGAGAAGGGCCCUCUGUCACCCCGUUUCCGUGGCGAACAUGCCCUGCGCAGGUAUCCCUCUGGAGAAGAGCGAUGCAUUGCAUGUAAACUAUGUGAGGCCAUUUGCCCAGCCCAGGCCAUCACGAUUGAGGCAGAGCCCCGUGCUGACGGUAGCAGGCGAACUACACGCUAUGACAUAGAUAUGACAAAAUGCAUCUACUGUGGCUUUUGCCAAGAGGCGUGUCCUGUGGACGCAAUUGUAGAGGGUCCCAACUUUGAGUUCUCCACCGAGACUCAUGAAGAACUGCUUUAUAAUAAGGAAAAGCUCCUCAACAAUGGAGACAAAUGGGAGGCGGAGAUUGCUGCCAACAUUCAGGCUGAUUAUCUCUACAGAUAGACAAUCUGUCAGACUAUAUUCAUGGACUCAACCCAGUAACAGUACAGACUUCAUGCUCUUUAACCAAUAGUCCAAGUUUCAAAUGUAUAUUUUAGAUUUGGUUUUCAGACAGGUACAGUUGUGUUGAGUGCUCUUUCAAAGCCGAGGGAUUGACUUUUUUUGAAGAGACACAUACUGAUUUCUCUCUCAAUGUAAGCAUAACUGCACAUUACUGGAAAACUAAGAUGAAUGAUGCACUAUGAGGCAAAUGUUAAGUGUUCAUUUCAAGAUAUUCAAUCAAUCCAUCCUCUCCAAAUUAUUAUAUCCUUACAAAUGAUCCAAGAAAGAGAUGUAACCUUUAAAGCACUUCAGCGAGUUUGUUGAAUUUCUCACAUUAUAUCCUUACCAGAUAAACAGUUUUAUUUGUGCUUGUGAGAACUGUACAAAGACUAAAUACUUGUGGACCGUAUAAAAUAAAUAAAUUAAUGCUCUGUCUAAAUCUUUUGAUAAUUUGCUG